AUGGAACUCUUUACGGGAAAAAGCUCAGCAAAAUACUUUUGGAUCACACUAACUGUGGCUAAACUUAUACUUUUGUGGAAAUGGGACAUGGCUUUACUUGUUGGUUUCUCCAUGUACUUGAUAUCUGGUGGAUGGCGUUAUGCUCGCGCGUGUAUUGUUACUCUUCCUCGCGAUCUUAUGGCCUUGUAUAUUCUUAUACGUAUAUACACAUUCCUUUGGUUUGCUCAGUGGCGCAAAUUUGGUAUAAGAGAUAUCUUCGCUAGCAUAGUUAAGCGAAAGGGUCGUGAUACUGUGGCUAUCCUUCAUGAAGAUACCAAAUGGACCUUCGGCGAAGUUGACGACUACUCAAACCGAAUUGGUAAUUUCUUAGUUUCAAAGGGAUGCAAACUGCAAUCUAGUAUUGCCCUUUUCAUGGAUAGCCAACCCAAAUACAUUGGAAUCUGGUUGGGAGCUGCCAAGGUUGGUCUCGCAACUGGUUUGAUUAAUUCAAAUGUCCGACGUGAUGCUCUUGUGAGCUGUCUUUCCCAAUUGAAUCCACAAGUCGUCUUUGUUGGAGCGAGUUUAGUGCCUGCUAUAGUAGAAGCUGGAUUAGUCCCCGAAGGUUCUCUUCCUGAAGGUCACGAUGUGGUCAUUUUUCCACCAGCUUGCAAUGCAAAGACUCUUUGGGGAUCGGAAAUUGUUGCUGCCCAAAUCACCCAUGCCAAAUUGUCAGAGGUUGCCAGUUCCAGUUCCUCCACCCCUCCCCCCGUCAUGAAAGAGCCAAAAAUUACCGAUACUCUUAUAUACGUGUUCACUAGCGGAACAACCGGUCUUCCUAAGGCAGCUAUUAUAACUUUCACCCGGUACGUUUUCAUGUCGACCGCAAUUCACUACCUCUGUCGAAUUCGACGGGAUGAUGUGCUUUACAUUCCUCUUCCCAUCUACCAUACGGCAGGUGGCAUUGUUGGUGUUGGUCAAAUGCUUUGCUGUGGUGUUAGAAUUGCCCUUCGAACUCGAUUCUCUGCUUCGAAGUUUUGGUCCGAUUGCAUCAAAUUUGAUGCCACCGUGAUUCAGUAUGUAGGAGAAACACUGCGCUAUCUUCUUUUACAACCAGAGAGAUCAGAAGAUACUCAACAUAAGGUUCGCCUAGCUAUUGGAAAUGGUGUUCGGCGUGACAUUUGGGUUGACUUCGUGAAGAGAUUCAAUCUUGAACAAAUUGGCGAGUUCUACGGUGCCACAGAGUCCAAUUCAAAUCUGUGUAAUACUCAAAACCGGAUUGGUUCUCUUGGCUUCUCUUCUGUCAUUUUACCCUGGGCCUACCCUGUACUUCUUGUCAAAACUGAUCCAGAAACUGGAGAAGUACUUCGCGAUCCAAAAACUGGUCUCUGCCAAUUAUGUGAUUAUGGCGAAGUCGGCCAACUUGUAGGCCUUAUCAAGCGAUCAAGCCCCAUCCGAAACUUUGAAGGUUACAUCAAUCAAAAAGAAACUUGUCGUAAAGUUAUCUCCAAUGUAAAAUGCUUUGGUGAUCAAUACUUCCUUUCAGGUGAUCUCUUGGUUCAAGAUGAGUUUGGCUACUUCUACUUUAUUGAUCGUCUCGGUGAUACCUUCCGUUGGCGUGGUGAAAAUGUCUCAACAACUGAGGUUGAAAACCUGGUUGCCAAGACCCUGAAUUUUGCUGACUGUGCAGUUUAUGGUGUUAAGGUGUCGGGUAAUGAAGGUCGGGCCGGUAUGCUUGCCUUAGCUCUCAAUAAUAAAGAUGGCUUGGAGAGUGGAAAACAUAUAGUCAGUCAGGAGGCACGUGAAGCUGAAAUUUUGCAACAUUUGGCUGAUGCGUUUGGCAAACAGUUGCCUCAGUAUGCCCGUCCACUCUUUGUCCGAUUUAUGAAGGCACUUGAUACUACAGGCUAUCAUUCAUUUUCUCUUCUAGACACUUUUAAAUUCAAGAAGGUGAGCAUGAUGAAGCUCGGUUUUGACAUUACGGCAACCAACGACCACAUCUAUUACCUAAAUGUAAAGUCUAAUACAUACCAUCCCUUGGAUAUGGAGACGUAUAGCAAUAUCUUGGCUAACAAAGUGAGAUUCUAG